GGUACUUGUCAGAUGCGAAACUUCGACCAUGGUGCUGCCCUUGAGCUAGGAACACCUGUCUGUUGGAAGUCACCAGCUCUGACGCCUUGCAGGCAGGCUGUCAGGGUCGGUUGCCACGAGCUGGUCUCUCGCCACGCUCGCACGCUUUGCGUUUCCUAUUUCCUAUUGCUAGGGCAUCCGGAUUCCGGGGAAAGAGGGGGAAGGGCCGAAGGACCUGAGAUUUCAUCCUCCCAAAAUGCCCCGGACAAUAGUUAUGUUGGGCCGCUAGUGAGCUUGGGUUGGGAGGGCCGUACUUGCUGCCGUGUGGUUCUUUCUAACUUUUUCUACUUCCUUUUGAACUUUGUCCUGAAAGAGGGUGGUCAACAUGGUUUUGAUUUUGGACUCUUCGGGUCAGUAAGGAAGUCUCAAUUGGUGCAGAGAGCAGGCAAUCAGUUUUUGGCUUUGAUGUAAGCAUCAAAAGAUGUACGCUUGGGACUAGUGGUGUAACCACCAAUUAAAAUAGGUAGGCAAGGGCUCAGGAUACAAGACCACAUAGCAAAGAACUUCACAAGGUAUAAGCACGCAAGUUACAAGAUGACAGGGGUUUUCAAUGGCAUUCCCCUUCAUCAGCUCCAAAGCAUGGGGCCCAAUAACCAGGAUAGAAGGUUCAAGAGCCUUCCCCCUGCUGAAUCCCUCCCUAGGAAUGAGCCUUUGGGGGGUUACAUCUUUGUCUGCAACAAUGACACCAUGGAGGAUGACCUGAGGCGAAGACUUUUUGGUCUCCCUCAGCGGUACCGUGACUCUGUGCGGGCAAUCCAGCCAGGACUGCCCCUCUUCUUGUACAAUUACACAACACAUCAGUUGCACGGCGUAUAUGAGGCUACUAGUUUUGGAGGUUCCAACCUCGAUCCAAAUGCGUGGGAGGAUAAGAAGACCAAGGGAGAGUCCAGAUUUCCAGCUCAGGUCCGCAUCAAGGUCCGCAAGCAGUGCAGUCCCUUGGACGAGGAUCACUUCCGGCCCAUUCUGCACCACUACGACGGGCCAAAGUUCCGGUUGCAGCUGUCCGUUCAGGAGACCCUCAACCUUCUUGACCUGUUCGACGCCGUAACUUCCUCGGCUCCAACGACCCCAACCGCCGCAGGGGGAACUCCUCCGGCCACCAGCCCCAGUCCCAUCCCGCCCCCAGCAAACCGGGCCGUUUACAACGGGCUCUCUUUGGUCAAAAACGAAAGUCGCAUAAUGGGCCCGUUCCCUUUCAGCGGGAGCCCCCCUGCAACCUCCCGAGGCCCGUUUGCUAACGUCACUUUUGGUAGAGUUACCGCGGCUGACGUCACUUUCGGUGACGUUGCUUUUGCUAACGUGUCCUAUCCAGAAAGCCCGCCGGGGCCUUAUUUCCCGUUUUACGGGGAGAGCUACCCGCCGGCGAACGGCAAACUUUAUGGCGCUGGCUCGGCCAUGGAUGUGAACUAUGCCCGGAGUUUUCCACCGGGCGUGUCUACCGGGCAGAAGAGUUUUGAGAUGGCGAGUUACGCUCGGGUCAUGCGGCCGCUGUCCAUGGUCUGAGAAGCGCCCGGUGAUUCAGAACCGGGCACUAUCAAAUAUGAGAAAAGGUAGCUUGGUAGGCAGAGACCGGGCGGUCGGGCACGCGAGCCCCGAGGCCCUUUGCUUGAAGGUGAUAGUGACACAUAAUGGUUUGGAGGCUUGCUUGUUUCUCGCAAAUCAUAGGAAGGUUAAACUUAGAGGCGCCAAAGUUGACCGGUAGGUACAAACCAAGAGUCGGAACAUAAAAGGGCCACCGCCUUGUAAGAUAAUCGUCAAGUGUGACCAUAAUAGGGAUGGGGAUAGGGAUAUUAUCCAGAGAUCAAGUACGCGCAACUCAGGCCUCCAAAACCGUUGGGACGCAUAGAGCAAUAAUAAGGCGGCUCGCUUGUGUAAGUAGACGAGCAAGUUCGCGGGAGAGUGUACCAUAAUUCACGCGGGAGAGUUUCUGACCUGAGGUAGGAUAACUUCUGAUUGACAGCUAGCGGGCCGUGCCAGGUAGACAUCAUUAGGUGAUGUGGACAAACAUUGCUCUGCUCGCUAAAAUGGAACCAACUGUUGUAGAAUGAGCUCAUCUACAUGGCUGUAUCGACCAGUAUUUCUGCGGAUAAUUCUC